CAGCUGGACGUCCAAAGCUCCUGUAGAGCUGUUACCACAGACAUGCUGAGGCAUGACCCGCAUGGUCCCGGCCAGCUGAAGGGAGUAGUGAGCGUGGCUUGGAUCAGCACGGUGUUGGUUCUGCUGGGAGUUCUGGGCUCAGCUGGUGGCUGUCCUGGUGUCUGCACCUGCUGCAGGAACACAAAUGACUGCUCUGCUGUUGACCUCGUCUCUCUAGUGCCCAUACUGGAGAUGCAAGAUUUGGACUGUCGGGUCCUCCGUCUGUCCCAGAACAAUCUCUCCUCAGUGGGCAACAUUAGCAUGUUCAACCUGAGCAGACUGGAGAUCCUGGAUCUCUCCCAGAACCACUUCUACAGUCUGCAGCCUGGAGCCUUCCAGGGCAUGAGCAGCCUGCGCUCAUUAAAUCUUUCUUCCAACUACCUCGGCAUACGUCUGCCAACCUCCAGCCUAGCAGAGAGCAGAGUGACUGUCCAGGACUCAAAUGGAAACCAAGGCAGUGCUGGUUUGAGCAGGGAGGUUUUCAAGGGACUGUGGCAGCUGCAGGAGCUGGACUUGUCCUCUAAUGGGCUCCUGAGGCUGCCCAAAGGUCUGCUGGAUGUCCUUCAAAGUCUCACCUGGCUGUCCCUGGCCAACAACAGUCUUGCGUCUCUGGAUAGGGUCACAUUUGAGCCGCUGAUGAGACUACGGGAUCUCCAGCUGGCUGGAAACCCCUGGAUGUGUGACUGCAAGCUGAGGAGUUUCAAGCACUGGAUUGAGUGGUUGAUGUUCAGGGAUGGGCAGGUAGACGUGAUGCGGUGCAGUCUCCCGAAGGACUUGAAAGGCAGGGACAUCCGCAGUGUGCCAGCAGAGAUGUUCAGCUACUGCCUGCAGAACCAAACCCAAAGGGCUGUGUUGGAUCAGGCCACACAGCCACUAUGCCCACCGGGCCGGGUCAGCAGCACAGAUGACUGCGUUCGCCAGCGCUACAGACCCGUCAGCGUACGCCGGGCCCAUGGCACACAGAUAGUUGCUGGAGUGGUUUGUGGCACAGUGGUCGUCAUGAUGGUUGUGGCUGCAACCUACGGUUGCAUCUAUGCCUUGGUCAUGGCGCGGUACCAGAGGCGGAUGAAGAGCCGUGGGCAGCCUCUGAUGGCUGAGUCGGGACUUGAAGCCAACACUGAAGACGGGCAAGCGUCUCCUGACACACCGAGGGUGACACGUAUGGAAAACUGUGACUUUGUGCAUCGAAUCAGCAGUUUCUGACACGUUCUGAAGUGUCCUGAGGCCCAUCGGUUUACAUGAC